UUUCGCCUGAUAUCUAAUUUGAGAGAGAGUGUAGUGUUCUUUGUUUUUCCUUUGGUAAUUCAUAUGUAAGUUGUCUUAGUUUUUCGUGAUGCUACGGAGUAGUCAUAGUAUUUUGCACCCAGUGGCAUCGUCCUUGUAGUAUCGUUAAGUAUUUUGUAGGUAGUGUAACUAGUAAAUUUUUAUUGUAAAUUUUAAUUGGAAUGUAAAAAAAGGAUAAUUUCGGGACAGAUACCCAUUUUGAAUAGACGGAGCCCAAGGUUUGCGCAAAAACAUCACGAAAUGGGUCAUUGAUAAAGGAUAGAGACAGUUCUGGUACACUUGCGAUGUAUAUUGCAUUAGCCAUAGGAAUUUAAAAAGAAAAUUAAGAAAUAUUUCAUACUCUAUGAUUGUGUGUGUGUGAUGACUGUGUGUUUAAUAUAGUAUUUUGUUACGUUUUUCUGCUUUUAUCAUCAUGGUGAUCAUUGACUUAGCAUAGAAAACUUCAGGUUUCUUAGAACUUCAUGAAUAAAAAGUCAUUUUUUACGGAAAUCAAAUUAGAUGUGUAACAGUGUCCAACCCACUUUUCCAAAACGUUAUUUUGGAAAAUGUCCGCAGGGUAACUGCGUGCAAUUUUGGACCUCUGCGAAGUACGCUUUGUUAUUAUGCAGUAGAAAGAGCGGGAGUUACAUCAAAAUGGCGAACGAGGGUGGAAAAGAUAGCGUGGCGAUGAAUAAGAAGGAUAAGGAAAUAGUGGAGCAGUUUUGCAUGCUUUUGGCUAAAUCAACAAGCUUAUUUGAAGGACUAAGAGAUCUGCCCCAAUUUUGCCACAGUCACUGGCAGUCUCAUUUUGGAAAAGCAUUUGAUGUAUACACCAAGUUAUGGAAAUUCCAACAAGAACACAGAGCUAUACUGGACCAAAAUUACAAUCUCAAACGAUGGCAGAUUGGUGAAAUUGCAUCAAAGAUUGGACAACUUUACUAUCAUUAUUACCUGAGAACCAGUGAAGCCAACUACCUUUUUGAGGCGUUUCAGUUCUAUUCUGCUAUCAGAACUCGUAAUUAUUUCAAUCAUGGGGGAAAAGAUGAAGAAUCAAGCUUGCUUCCUAAAAAGCUGAGGUAUUAUGCAAGAUUUUUAGUUGUCUGUCUGUUAAUGAAUGAGACCAACCUUAUCAGAGACCUCACCAAGGAACUGAAGCGUCUGGUCAAUGAUUAUACAAACAGUGAGAAUGCUGCUGAUCACAUUGAGUGGCAACUUGUGUUAAAAGAAAUUGUUUCUUUUGUUGAGGCUGAUAAUGUGUUAACAGUGCUGGAAGAAGAUCUGACACCUGUAAGAAUCAAACACCGUGUCGUAUUUGAGAGAAUCCCGGGUACUUUUGCUACAGAGUCACCAGCCAUGAAGCUAAAAGAAGUUAUCAUCGUUGGAAAUUGUGAAAAACAAACCAAAUUCAGUGAACUCACCCUUGACAUGUUUCGAUUUUUGCAAUGCGUCGAAAGAGAGCCUAGCAGUUUGCAAAGCUACUCCAUGAAGGUCUCAAGCAGUGGGCCUGUUUCUGAGCCGGUAGAUGACACAGAUAAAAUAAGGCACAAUCCCCACAAAUAUCUUCUUUACAAACCUUCUUUCGGCCAGCUGAUAACUUUCCUAGGUGCUGCUUUCAAGGAUCUUCCUGGCAACAGCAUCAUGCUGCUUUAUAUUUCUGCUGAUGCUACAUUCGAUGCCAAAAGUGGCCAGGAAGAAGGUUUCUAUGAAACUGGGGGCGUCUGCACCAAGAAAGCAAAGUCCACCCCAACAAAAAGAAGUGGAAGGAUCAAAGAAAGCAAUUGUCUGUACCCUGAAGAUGUGAUGCCGUUUACAAGAAAACCAUUAAUGCUUAUCGUGGACAGUCCAAACAGCAUAGCCUUUAGACAUAUUCCUAAGCUUUUCGGGCAGCCUGUUGUGUGCUUGAUGUCACCUAUAGAAACAACUGAGGCAUUUUCAGAUCAAAAGAACGGUGGGCUGUUCACCCUGUUUCUUCACGACCCCCUUUUGGCGUUCUGCACCAUUUGUAAUGCAAAAAACUUACGUCUGGAAAUCUGGAACAAAUGCCAAAGUUUCUUAGAUAAAAUAUUUUCGGAAAUCCUCGAGAUUCUCUAUUCUCUUUUAAAGGAGAUAGAUUUCGCCUACGAACAGUUUCUUGGUGAUGAAUUUCUUCGUCUCAUUUUACUCAAAUUUAUCUUUUGUUUUCAAUCUCUACGGCUGCACAAAGACUUCAAGGGUGCAUCGUAUUAUCCAUCAGCAUCCCCCUCUAUUUCCAAUGAAGUCCUCAACCAUAAAGGAUUCGCAAGACAUUUGCUUGAACUCGCCUCUCUACUCGAUGCAAGAGAUGCCUUCAAUGAGUUGUCAGAAGUAGUUGCGUUUGAGAUGAUGACUUUGUGAGCAAACAAAAGUUCAUGACGGAACAACUAAAAAUUCAAAGACUACGAACUGAGAUUAUUGUUAGAGAGGGUAGUUUCAGCAUGAAUGGUGCUCAGUGUAAAAACGAAACAGAAGCUGUUGGAAAGCAUGAAACAGGAGAAUUUUUCUUGUAUACACACUUUUAAGGUCAGUUCUAAUUACUGUCAUACUCAAUACCCAGGUUUUGAAUUUUCCUUUUAUAGUUUGUAUAAAUUUUUGUAAAAAUUUGUAAAUUAGAAAAAUGAUUUGUGAAUAUGUUGAGAAGUAAUUUUGCAAAUGUUUGAUUGUUAAUUGUUGCAACAGGGGCGACACCAGAUAGGAGCUAAGGGAAUGUAGCCCUUUCCAUUGAAAGAUGUUGCCCCCUCCCCCUCCUCCUCCCCCUAACCCCCCUCCACCCGUGAAAAAAAGACUCUUAGAGCUGCUGGUACCGCCCCUGUGUCGCAAAAAUGUGUCCAUAGGUUCAUCAGAGUAUAUAUGUUUCCUGAAGAUUUGCAUAAAUCUUGUAAAAAAUGUUUCAAGUAACGAGAAAAAUUGAGUAUUUUGUUGAAAACGAGUUUGUUACUUCUUAUAGCAUUGAUUUCCAAUAUGUCGACAUAGAUUUAUAACCAAAGGAACACGUAUAGAAGAAACUGUCAAAGGGGGAAAUCUUGUCAUCAAGGUGGUUUAACGUCAGUUUUGGCGUGGAAAUUUGUAAAUUCCACCCCUUGUGAUAAUGAUAUUACUGAGAACCGGAUGAGACGUGUUUUCUAGAAUUAGGUGAUAAAUUAC